UGCGGUUUAUAUGCCUUUACUCACAAAUCAGUUACGUAGAGACACAGGCUCGCGCAAUCGCUGUUCGUGGUAGCUCGUCUUAAUCAAUAACCACAUUGAAACGAUCAUGUCUGGCAGAGGGAAAACCGGAGGCAAAGCCCGAGCAAAGGCCAAGUCUCGCUCCUCCCGUGCCGGACUUCAGUUCCCGGUGGGCCGAGUCCACAGGCUACUGCGUAAGGGCAACUAUGCGGAGCGCGUUGGCGCCGGGGCUCCGGUGUAUUUGGCAGCCGUGCUGGAGUAUUUGACCGCUGAGAUCCUGGAGCUGGCAGGCAACGCGGCCAGGGACAACAAGAAGACCAGGAUCAUCCCACGGCACCUCCAGUUGGCCGUGCGCAACGACGAGGAGCUCAACAAGCUGCUGGGAGGUGUGACCAUCGCGCAGGGAGGAGUGCUGCCCAACAUCCAGGCUGUUCUCCUCCCCAAGAAGACGGAGAAACCGGCCAAAAGCAAGUAAAAGACUACCCGCAGGCCCUGAUUCAGUCGGGACAAAGGGCUCACCUCGGAGCUGGCCACUUUUUCAUAUCAGUGUUCGUUUUUUGGAUAAACAACCUUUCAAACAGGGGGGCUGUGUUUCGUGUUGCUGUUUCUACAUUGAAAACAUGCACUCGCUUCUCAUCGGGACUAUUCAUAGACUGCUCAGUAGCCACUGAUGUGUUCUUGGAUCCGAAAAUGGAGGCGCUUUCUGAAGGCUGGGGAUGAAGGCCGCGGAAAAAAAUCCCGUUCUUAAUAUGGACCAAUUCUGAAGGGAGGGGUGGUUUUAGUUUCGCAGUGCUGCUACAAAACGUGCAAAAUUGUUGUAUUGUUUGUCAUGUUUCAAUAAAUGUCCUGCAGCCUUUUGGCACGGGGCGAAUACGUUCA